GGGGAGGGGCGUCAUUCUGAGGAGCCGCCUCAAGUCUCAGGCUGCUGAGGAGGGCAGCCGAGCGGGAACCCGAGCGUCGGAGAGCUGGAGAUGGCUGAUUCUGACCCUGGUGAAAGAAACUAUGACAACAUGCUGAAAAUGCUGUCAGACCUGAAUAAAGACUUGGAAAAGCUAUUGGAAGAGAUGGAAAAAAUCUCAGUGCAGGCCACGUGGAUGGCCUACGACAUGGUGGUGAUGCGCACCAACCCCACACUGGCGGAGUCCAUGCGGCGGCUGGAGGACGCCUUCCUCAGCUGCAGGGAGGAGGUGGAGAACUGGCAGGAGCUGCUGGACGAGGCCAAGCGCAAGCAGGAGGCCCACCCGCCCUGCGCAGUCCGAGCAGGCUUGGCAGAGUAGCAGCGGCCCCGGAGCAGGGCUGUGCCCAGAGCUUGUUUCUCAGUAAACUUC